GGCAGAGUGCACCACCGUCCAGGGCCGGUAUUCGGAGUAGUUGGCUUUAAGCAUUUGCUAUCCCGGUCUAUCCCAUAUUUCCAGUCCCUGUCUUGUACAUACAGAAAAUAGGGACUUAAAUGCUUAAGAUGAUUCGAAAUCGAGCAAAUAUCACAGGGCGUAUUAAAAUACAGAAAGGUUAUAAUAAAGCUGCCGAUCAGCCAACACACACGUUGGCUACCUUUGGAAUUUUUGCUAUGGUUUUCGAAUUCGACGCAUGCACAUUAGCGUCAACACUCACUUUGGGUAUGAAGAUGUUGGUGUCAUUGUAAGUGUUGGGUUAGAUUAAGUUAGGUAUGACGUGAAUUUGAAGCGCAUGCGCUUAUGGUCUGCACCCUCUUGCGUAUUUCGAAAGGUUGCUGUAUCACAAUGGCGGGUUUUAUAUUAUGGUUUAUGUGAAGAACGCGUUGGGAAUAACGUACAGUACAGAGAGUUAAGGAAGUUGGAUUGUAAAAUGAUGAAUGAAUAUAUAAUUGAAAACUUGAAAUUUUAAUUAAAAACUUAAAAGAGUAGAUAAAAAAUGCUGUCAACAGUGUUGAAAUCUGUAUUUGGUUAUGAUGACUUUAAAAGUGAUAUCCAAAAGCGAGCAACUACUGCUGUUCACAGAAGUGAUAAAGAUGUGUUUGUAUGUAUGCCAACUGGAUCUGGAAAAUCACUUUGUUUUCAAUUGCCUGCUAUUAUGAAAGAGAAUAAAGUUACAAUUGUUUUCUCGCCAUUGUUGGCUUUAAUGAAGAAUCAAGUAGAUUUUUUACUUAGUAAAAAGAUCAAUGCAUCUUCUUUAAAUUCAAACACAUCUAAGAAAGAUAGAGAAUCGAUAAUCAAAGAUGUGACAUCCAAUUCUCCAAAAACUAAAUUGUUGUAUGUCACUCCUGAAAUGGGAGCACAAGAGCAUUUUCAGGAUUUAAUAAUUAAAUUAAAUAAAGCGAAAAUGAUUUCUUAUUUUGUUAUUGAUGAAGCUCAUUGCUUGAGCGAAUGGGGCCAUGACUUUAGACCAAAGUAUAGAGAACUUGGAGUAUUUAAAAAAUUAUGUCCCAGCAUUCCAAUAGUCGCAUUAACAGCUACUGCUGCAAAAGAGGUAAAAGAUGAUAUAAUGCAUUGUUUAAAUAUGAAGAAUCCGGGCAUAUUCUCAGUACCAGUAUUUCGAUCUAAUCUUUAUUACGAUGUAUGGUUCUUAGAAUCACUGGAUAAGCCUUUUGAACAUUUGACGAAUUUUGUUAAACAAGCUCUUGGUUCAGAAAGUACAUCUACUCCGAAAGACAAAAGGAGCUGUGGUAUUAUUUAUUGUAGGAAGAAAGAGGCAACUGAAUUAAUUGCACAUAAGUUAUCUACUUUUGGUAUACCCACGUUGGCAUAUCAUGCUGGUUUAAAGAAUCAAGAGCGUAAUGAUGUUCAAAAUAAAUGGACAUCUGGGGAAGUACCUAUCAUUGCUGCAACAUGUAGUUUUGGCAUGGGUGUGGAUAAAGGAUCUGUUAGAUUUGUAGUGCAUUGGACAGCCCCACAAAAUAUAGCAGCUUACUAUCAGGAAUCUGGUCGAGCUGGUAGAGACGGUAAACCAGCGUUUUGUAGAGUUUACUUCAGUAGUGAAGAAUACAGAGCCAUUGAAUUCCUUAUUAAAGCAGAAGUCACGGAAAAAAAUUCCGAACUCGUAAAAGCAAAAUGGAAAAAUUUUGAGAAAGCUGUCUCGUACUGCCUUGAAGCGAAGUGUAGGCAUGGGGUAUUUUCUAAAUAUUUUGGUGACAGUCCGCCUCCAUGUAUGGGUAAGUGUGAUGUGUGUAAAGAUAAGAAUACUGUUCAGUCAAGGAUAGCCCAGUUCGAAAUGACUCACACUAGAUCGUCAAGAUUUCAAUCUAAGUCUAGUAAUAACUCGGACAGUAUCGCAUUAUCAAAGUAUGAUUACGACGAUGAAGAAGGCGAAGGGAGAUCGGUUCCGAGAGAAAGAAUUUUGGCUGAGGAGAAACGUGAAGCCAAAAAAUUAAUAGAAGAACAGUUUGCUAUUCGAAGAAAUUCUAGUCGGAUCAAUGAGAUAAAAAAACAAAAUCUGGAGGAUGCUAAACAUGCGAACGUUCGGGCAGCUGAAAGUACUGAUACAAAGAUAAAAGGUUUAGCUGUACUAGUUCGAGAACAUUAUUGCGCUCAAUUAAAAUCAGCAUUACAGGCAAAUUGGAACAAGUUCGCAGAAAAUCAUUCUCAGAUUCAAGAAGAUGAUAUCCAUAAUAUAGCACGCAACAUGGAGUACAAAGUGCUGUGUAGUAGUAAAAUUGCAAACAAAUAUAAGCUUGAUAUGUUUAAGUCGAUUUCUUGUGUACAAAAGUGUACCGAUUCCGGCACGCUCCACGAAUGUUUACGCGACUUUAAUAUAGACUCUAUUAAUGAACUCAAUAAUCGAGGGGAUAUGUACAAUAUUCGCUUAGAUCAAGAUAUAGAUAAGAACGUACCGCGCUCUGCAUUCAGAACUGCCUUAGAAUUUAUGAAGGACGAGAAACUAUUAGCAAAUAAGUCUACCAUUAAAAAAUCUUCAUUUGACGAGAACAUUAAUACACGACAAGUAAAAGCUAAUAUUAGUAAGCCCGGUUUCACCUUUACUGAACAAGUAGACAAUGAACGAAAUACUAGUUCGGGAGAAGGUAAAAGUGAAACUGCAAAAGACAAUAAGCUUAGUAACAGUCGAGCGCUUAAUAAUUUCACGUGUGCUCGAGAAAUUUACGAGACACAAAAGCCAGUAGAAGACCAUGACAAAAAACCACAGAAAUCUUUAAAACAAACAUCUAAACCCAAAGCGACAAAAAAGAGUGUCAAAAAUAAGAAAGAAUCCCCAGCAACUAAAUCAGUUUAUGAGCAACUUUUAAAAUUUGCAAAAUCAAGUUCAUCUGCUACAGUUUUAGAAGGGAAUAAAAAUGAUGCACUGGAUUGUAAAAGGGAUAAUACUUUAAUUGAAGACUUAACAUUAAAGUGCCAAGAUAAAAAAAAACGUGGGAACGAAGAUUUAGACGAAGAUAGAGAUUCAAACAAGAAAGUAAAGCUCGAUGAAGAGAAUGUGCCUGCAAUUAAAGAUAGAACACGUACCUCAACUAAAGAAGCCAGUAUACAUAGUUUAGAGAAUAAGAAUUAUAAAUCUACCGACAAAGAUGAUGAAUCUAAAGAUGUUAAGAAUAAAAAAGUAUUUUCGACAAAAGAAACUGAGAAAGUAACAAAAACACCGGAAGAUGAAAGCCUUAGAAUAGAACAUGUUCGGACGGAAAAGUUCUCAGAAAAAAAAAAUAAUAAGCAGAGGAAUUCAAAACAAUCUACUAGUAAAAGUGAAAAAGUACUUGUAACUGCAGAUAAAGCCACUCAACACGAAACAGCAAAGAUAUUAAAAUCAUAUUUAAUGAAGCAUUAUCCGUCCGAACGUAUCCCUGAUCGAAUUACAUUUACGAAUACGUGUAGAGAAAUGCAUCAUACUCUUCUUAAGAAAGAAAUAUUUGAUAAAGUGGGGAUACAAAAAUUUGUUACAAAAUUUUUGAAGCAAAAUUAAUCAUUUGGAAGCUUGUGUAUAUAUUGCAGCAUACGUUAAACGAACAAUUGUAUAAAUUUUAUUUAUCUCAUGUACAAUUAUUUUUAAAUCGUAAAAAACGAUUAUUACUAUUUAAUUCUAAAUAUUAGUAAGAAAUGAUUGUGAAAGACAUUUAUACUUUUUAUUCAUAUUCAUUUAAGUAAAUCAAAAAUGUAUUGCAAGAAUAAAAAGAUUUGUACUCCAUCUCUGAUAUAAUA